AGGCAUAGAGACUCAGCCCUGUCUCAGGCUCUUGGAAGGAGGCCCCGCCCCCUUCCCUGUGUCCCAACAAGCGCCUCAAGGGAGGUCUAGACUCUCAGCCCUGUCUCGGGCUCUUGGGAAGAAGCCAUGCCCCUCCCCUGGCCCCGCCCCCAAAUGCACCUGUGGUUAUCACCACCCCCCUGGAUUGCUGCAGCGCCCACCAGGGGGCGGUAGCGCACACUUUGGGAAUCACUGGUUUAACCCUUUGCACGGAGUCAAAUGUCAGGAAAAUAAAUUAUUAUAAUUAGUAGUAGUAGUAGUAGCAAUAAGCAGAGGGUGCAUGGCCUUCUACUGGGAGGAUUUGAGGGUUAGACUGAAUGGCCCUUGUGAUGUCUUCCAACUCCAGGAUUCUAUAGGUGGCCCUCUGCCAGGAGGGUUUGGAGGGUGUUUUCCUCCACGAGGGUUAGACUGAAUGGUCUUCCAACUCCAGGUUCCUAUGAUAUGGGAGUAGUUUCUAUGGCCUUCGGGGACCUAUUUUGCGAAUGAAACCAGGGCAGACUGCUGCCCAGGAACGGAGAGCAGGUGCCUCUGCCUCUGCCUGUGUUUCUGCGGCGAUUGUCAUCCGGGGCAACAGUAACCCUAUCUGUCCAGGCUGGCCUCCUGCGGCAGAUACAAUGGCACAACUGUCUCUGAAACGUGAACCCCGCUGGCGGUGAUCGCCGGCUGGAAGGGGAGGCAACGGGAGGCAGGUGUGUGGGAGGCAAGUGAGGAACCCCACGGGGCCACCCGACCCCAAGGACGGGGUGCCGGAAUCCCCCAGGAGGUGCACCCAUGAACAGGGCUGCCGAGGAUGCAGCAGGACCAGGAAAUGUAGGUUUCCCCUCGCCAGGUAUUUGCAUGUGUUCCAGCCACAGGCCCGGUGGGAAGGGCAGGCGGGAGCGGCACCUGGUUCCGUGGGAUGUCUCCCCACCAAGGCCCACGUUUGGACCACCCUGACCAGGAAUUCAGGCUGUGGUCCUCAAGAGAACGCCGAGGCCAAAGGAGCUCCCCAGGGUUUGUUUACGUUCCCUUCAUUCAAGGGAGUUGCUAGGCCCUCAGUGAAAUCCAAGCUGCUAAACCCACUUGCAAAGGAUGAUUUCCAUUGUAGCUGCAGGUGAUGAAACUACCCUGUUUCCCCGAAAAUAAGACAGUGUCUUAUAUUAAUUUUGGCUCCCAAAGAUGCACUAGAGCAAUGAUGGGCCACCUUUUGAGCUUGGUGUGUCAAAAUUCACCAAAAAAAAAAAAACCUAGCAUGACUUGGGUGGUGUGUCACUUUGAGAAAAAAACCCAUAAUUUCGCAACAUGUAUAGUUUAAAUAACAAAAAUGUAUAAUCUAUAUAUAUAAAAGAGUGAUGGCAUCACGGCAACCCACAAAACUACAGGCCCCCCAACCUCGAAAUUUGACAACACAACCCAUCAUCCACGCCUCUAGGUUGAUACAACAAAAAGAAAAGAAAAAUAAAGUCCUAAUUAGAGAGAGAGGAAUAAUUGCUUUUAUCCAAUUGCUGCCAGUUAGAAGGCUAAGCUCCUCCAACUUGGUCUCCUAGCAACCCAAUAAAAAUAAUAAAAUACACUAAAAAUUAAUACAAUAAAAUACUAUAAUAACAGAAAAUAACUAAAAAUAAUACAAUAUAAUAAAUAAAAAUAUAACUUACAAUAAAAUUAAUAAAAAAUUGCAAAUAACGUCAAAUAAAAAUUACACAACAAUUUUUAAUCAAUACCACCACCACUUUGUCACAGCAACGCGUGGCCGGGCACAGCUAGUUGUAAUAUAUAACUGUAUUUAAUAAAUCAAAAACUAUGUACUACCCUUAUUUCCAUGUACAACCAUCUAUGGUACCUCUUGCAGUUUCCAUGCUGAUUUCUCUCUAUUCUAGUUUCAAUGUAGUUAUGAAUAAUGAAUAAUAAUAUAAUAAUAUAAUAGUAAUAAUAGGAUAAUAUACUACAAUAAUAAUAGAAUAAUAAUAGAAUGAUAUAAUGAUAAUGUAAUGUGCAUAAUUCCCAUGGAGUAAACAACAAAACCACUGGACCAAAUCACACUGAAUUUGGCCACAAAAGACAUAGUCAUCCAAUCAAUCUGCGUGCAGCAGCGUGUCAGCAAAAAUGGCUAGGCGUGUCAGUGCUGACACGCGUGUCAUAGGUUGGCCAUCACUGCACUAGGUCUUAUUUUCAGGGGAUGACUUAUUUUUCCAUGAAGAAGAAUUCACAUUUAUUGUUGAACAUUGAUGAACAUUUAUUGUAUGCUGUACUGUAGUUGUCAUCACAAACCAGCAUAACCAGACAAACUUUGGAUCCUAUCAAGACUUUUUCCUUCCAUUAUUUCCCUGUCUAUUGUAUUUACAUUGCUAGGUCUUAUUUUCAGGGGAGUUCUUAUAUUAUGGAGCCCCAGUGGCAAAGUGUGUUAAAGCGCUGAGCUGCUGAACUUGCAGAUCGAAAGGUCUCAGGUUCAAAUCCCGGGAGCGGAAUGAGCGCCCGCCGUUAGCCCCAGCUCCUGCCAACCUAGCAGUUCGAAAACAUGCCAAUGUGAGUAGAUCAAUAGGUACUGCUCUGGUGGGAAGGUAAGGGCGCUCCAUGCAGUCAUGCCAAUGGCCACAUGACCUUGGAGGUGUCUACGGACAAUGCCGGCUCUUCGGCUUAGAAAUGGAGAUGAGCACCAACCCUCAGAGUUGGUCACGACUGGACUUAACAUCAGGGGAAACCUUUACCUUUACCUCUUAUAUUUAGCAAUUCAGCAAAACCUCUACUAGGUCUUAUUUUCAGGGGAUGUCUUAUUUUUGGCUCCUGGGUGUUGUGCUCCAUUCAAAUGCAUGAAACGGAUGUCCAGGCUGACAUCCUGGUACAUCAAUCAGUUCUGAAGAUGAUUCAGCAGAAGGCAGGAUGUUUGUGGCAGAGAUGCCCAAAUUUGAAGGAUACCUGAGUGGCUGGGAUGGAUGUCAGUGUUCAGUGCUCAAUGGAUGGGCCCGAUUUUGUGCCACAAUGGACCUAUUCUGGUCAUCAAGGGCUAUACGGUUGGCAAGGCUGAACGGUCACUCUCUUUGCCUCUCUCUGCCCGCUUUAGAAUGCCCGGAAGCAGCGAGGUGUCCGACCAGAGUCCGGGGACACUCCGCUCCUCGGCCGUGGCUCGCAGCAGCCACCGCGUGGACUGCAUCGUCUGCUUCGGCUCCUACGACCUCUCGGCCCGGCUGCCCCGCCGCCUCUACUGUGGUCACACCUUCUGCCAGGCCUGCCUCCGGCGCCUCAACGCUCCGGCCAACGAACAGUGGUGGAUCCCGUGUCCGCAGUGCCGGCAGAGCACCCCCACCCCCCGCGGAGGGGUGGCCAUGCUGGACCUGGACCUGGCGGCCUUCCUGGCGGUCAAGAAUGAGAAGGAGCACCCCCCGCACGGCUCCGGGAGGACCAAGGCCAAGGCCGCUUCUGCCAAGGAGGAGCCGGUCACCCGGCAGCCGGGCGGCCUGUGCCACGAGGCCCUGCCCCGGCCCGCUUUCCCAGAGAGCGACUGCUGCAACCACUGCCUCUGCUGCGGGACCACCGCCACCUUCCACAGCUGACUCUGAGGCUGAGAAGUGCGAGAUUUGUACGGGUUUUCUGCCGCCACUCUUUGCAGCAAUGGACCCAAUGGCGGUGCAAUGCUGAGGUUGUCUUCCCUGGACAUCUUCAAUGGGCCUUGCGGAGAAGAGAUGUUGGAUGUUUAUUUAAUUAUAUUAUUAUAUUAUAACCACUG